UCGGAGCGGCCGCUCGCCCGCCCGCUCGAGGCCCGCGGGGAGCGCGGCGCAGUCCGUCGGCCCACGGGGGGGCGGCCUCCCGGCAUCUUCGCGGCGACCAAGGACGACCGGGGGAGGAAGCGGCCGGGAUGGCGCGUCCGCGGCCCCGCGAGUACAAGGCGGGCGACCUGGUCUUCGCCAAGAUGAAGGGCUACCCGCACUGGCCGGCCCGGAUUGAUGAACUCCCAGAGGGAGCUGUGAAGCCCCCAGCAAACAAGUAUCCUAUCUUCUUUUUUGGCACCCAUGAAACUGCAUUUUUAGGUCCGAAAGACCUUUUUCCAUAUAAGGAAUACAAAGACAAGUUUGGAAAGUCAAAUAAGCGGAAAGGAUUUAAUGAAGGAUUGUGGGAAAUAGAGAAUAACCCAGGAGUGAAGUUUACUGGGUACCAGGCAAUUCAGCAGCAGAGCUCCUCAGAAACUGAGGGAGAAGGCGGGAACACUGCAGAUGCAAGCAGCGAGGAGGAAGGCGACAGAGUAGAAGAAGAUGGAAAAGGCAAAAGAAAGAAUGAAAAAGCAGGCUCAAAACGGAAAAAGUCCUACACUUCGAAGAAAUCCUCUAAACAGUCCCGGAAAUCUCCAGGAGAUGAAGACGACAAGGACUGCAAAGAAGAGGAAAACAAAAGCAGCUCUGAGGGCGGAGAGGCCGGCAAUGACACCAGGAACACGACUUCAGACUUGCAGAAAACCAGUGAAGGGACCUAACUACCAUAAUGAAUGCUGCAUAUUAAGAAAAACCAUAAGAAGGUUAUACAUUUGGUUGUCUAAUAAUCUUGGAUUUGAUAUG